AUGGCUUCUUCUUGGAGGGGUCCCAAAUUCGGCCUCGGCCUCGCCCUCGUCACCCUUUUCUGUCUCCUCUUCUCACCUGCCUUUGUCGGCCAGGUGAGGGCAGACGAGGUCCAGGAAUAUGGCACCGUUAUUGGCAUUGAUCUUGGCACCACAUACUCUUGUGUCGGUGUCAUGCAAAAAGGCAAAGUGGAAAUUCUUGUGAACGACCAGGGCCACCGUAUCACCCCGUCAUACGUCGCAUUUACCGAGGAGGAACGGUUGGUCGGUGAUGCGGCCAAGAACCAGGCUGCGAGCAACCCGGAGAAGACGAUUUUUGACAUCAAGCGCCUGAUUGGACGCAAGUUCUCCGAGAAGGACGUCCAGACUGACAUCAAGCACUUCCCGUACAAGGUCGUCAGCAAGGCUGACAAGCCGGUUGUCAAGGUCGACGUCAAGGGCGAGGAGAAGACCUUCUCGCCUGAGGAGAUCUCCGGCAUGAUUCUCGGCAAGAUGAAGGAGGUCGCCGAGGGCUACCUUGGCAAGAAGGUCACGCACGCUGUCGUUACAGUGCCCGCGUACUUCAACGACAACCAGCGCCAGGCUACUAAGGAUGCCGGCACUAUCGCUGGCCUGAAUGUCCUGCGCAUCGUCAACGAGCCCACUGCGGCUGCCAUCGCCUACGGUCUUGACAAGACGGACGGCGAGCGCCAGAUCAUUGUGUACGACCUGGGUGGUGGUACCUUUGAUGUGUCUCUCCUGUCCAUCGACCAGGGCGUGUUCGAGGUUCUUGCGACUGCCGGUGACACUCAUCUCGGUGGUGAGGAUUUCGACCAGCGCAUCAUCAACCACUUCGCCAAGCAGUUCAACAAGAAGAACAGUGUCGACGUGACCUCGGACAAGAAGGCCAUGGGCAAGCUCAAGCGGGAGGCCGAGAAGGCCAAGCGCACUCUGUCUUCGCAGAUGUCGACGCGCAUUGAGAUCGAGUCCUUCUUCGGUGGCGAGGACUUCUCCGAGACGCUCACCCGGGCCAAGUUUGAGGAGCUGAACCUGGACCUGUUCAAAAAGACGCUGAAGCCUGUCGAGCAGGUUCUCAAGGACGCCAAGGUCAGCAAGUCUGAGAUUGACGACAUUGUGCUCGUCGGUGGCUCUACCCGUAUCCCCAAGGUCAUCUCGCUUCUGGAGGAGUUUUUUGGCGGCAAGAAGGCCAGCAAGGGUAUCAACCCCGAUGAGGCCGUCGCUUUCGGCGCCGCCGUCCAGGCCGGUGUUCUGUCUGGCGAGGAGGGCACUGAGGAGAUUGUGCUGAUGGACGUCAACCCGCUCACUCUCGGAAUUGAAACGACUGGUGGCGUGAUGACCAAGCUGAUCAACCGGAACACGCCCAUCCCGACGCGCAAGUCGCAGAUCUUCUCGACUGCGGCCGACAACCAGCCAGUGGUCCUGAUCCAGGUGUUUGAGGGCGAGCGUAGCAUGACCAAGGACAACAACAUCUUGGGCAAGUUCGAGCUCACCGGCAUCCCGCCAGCACCGCGUGGCGUCCCGCAGAUCGAGGUGUCGUUUGAGCUCGAUGCCAACGGCAUCUUGAAGGUGUCUGCCCACGACAAGGGCACUGGCAAGAGCGAGAGCAUCACGAUCAACAACGACAAGGGCCGGCUUACGCAGGACGAGAUCGACCGCAUGGUUGCCGAGGCAGAGAAGUAUGCCGAGGAGGACAAGGCGACCCGCGAGCGCAUUGAGGCGCGCAACGGUCUGGAGAACUACGCCUUCUCGCUCAAGAACCAGGUCAGCGACGAGGACGGUCUGGGCGGCAAGAUCAGCGAAGAGGACAAGGAGACGCUCAUCGAGGCCGUCAAGGAGACGCAGGAAUGGCUGGACGAGAACGCGGCCACGGCCGAUACGGAGGACUUUGAGGAGCAGAAGGAGAAGCUGUCCAACGUGGCAUACCCUAUCACGAGCAAGAUGUACAGCCAGGCCGGCGGCGAUGACGACGAGCCGAGCGGCCACGACGAGCUGUAA